AAAUGCCAUCAAGAAGAUCUCUUAGAAGUGGAAAAAGAAAAGCUGCAGCCGGUACCUCAUCAACUUUACAAACCAGAUCAUCAAGGGCUCGUAAGGUCAAGGCUAAAACAACAUCUGUAAAGAAGACUGCUAUUAAGGCUAAGGCUGCUGCAAAGACUAUCAGAGCUGCCAAGAAGGCAACGAAGAGAACAGUUGCUACAAGAAAGGCUUCAAAUAAGGUUGCUAAGAAGACUACCAGGAAGGCUUCCAGCAAGAAGAAGAAGAGUGCCUCUAGUUCUGGUGUUCCUGCAUCUAUGAGAGGAUACACUCCAGCUGAAUUUAAGAUAUACAAAGCUGCUGAAAAGAAGUACGGAGGGAUGACAAAUGAGAAGCUAAAAGAGUACUUGAAGGUCAACCUUCAGUCGAGAAGUGGAGAUAAAGCAAAACUCAUCUUGAAGUGCUCAGAUGGAGAAGCCUUAGGAGGAAUGCCAAGAUGUCCCACCUGUGGACUUGGUUUCAUCCGUUUUAAUCAAAAGACUGGUGAGUACAAGUGUCCAGGAGCAAUGGAUGAUGAUGAAUUUGUAAACUGCUCUGCAAAGUUCCGUAAAAGUGAGAUUACUAGAGAAAAAUGGGUAUCCCCAUAAUGAUUCUCAUGAGUCUCUAAUAACUUUUUGAUAAAUUCUGACA